AUGUACGCACUGGUCCCGUUACCUGGGGUUGAAGCCCGUUCACGAGCUGAGCACGCAUUAAAGCUGGCAGUUCCUGACUGCUAUCAGCAGCCAGGAUCCAGGAUAGCAGAUCUGCUCAACUUCUUUCUAAAAAUACCAGUGAACAGUACAACACGCCUGCUUUCAGUGGAGAGUAGCAGUUAUUAUUAUAGAAACAAUUUCUGGGUGCCAACAAAUCUUACUUCACUCAUCCUAUCACUAUCGGGUAUCACAAACAGCUCAAUCACUCUUUAUCAGCCAUCAGGCGCUGUAGCAAAUCUCACAACCUUCUUCACAGAUUCUUGGGGCUCUGUCUUUUACUCACAAUAUCCCAGCUAUGGAACAUGGACCAUUGAAGUCUAUGCAUCAAGUUCUUAUUCCAUACGUAUUGAAGGAUAUAAAGAUAAAGGUGUAUCAACCUUUUGUUCCAAGUGUAGCAGCAAUGCUAUUUGCAAGAAAGAUUUGCUUGACUACACCUGCAUCUGUAAAGAAGGCUUCAGUGGCGAUGGAUUUUCCUGCUAUGAUAUCAAUGAAUGUUACAGUGGGCCAUACCCAUGCAAUGUCGGUUACUGUGUCAAUACAUAUGGCUCCUACAACUGUGUCUGUCCCAGUGGCUACUCUUGGCAAAAUAAAAGUUGUGUUGAUAUAGAUGAAUGCUCUGCACGCGAGCUGAACCGCUGUGACCCACUUGCAGUGUGCAAAAAUUACAAUGGAUCCUAUUCAUGCUACUGUCCAGCAGGAUAUUAUGGAGAUGGAUAUACAUGUGAGAUAGAUGAAUGUACAAAAGACAUUUGUGGGUUCGGCAGAGAAUGUAUCAAAUCCAAUGGGUCCCAUAUCUGCUCUGACCCAUGCUUCAACCAUACCACCCUGAAUGAGCCAACCAGGAGCACAUCCUAUUACGAUUACUAUUACUAUUAUUAUUACUAUUACUCAAGUGACUAUUACCUAAAUGGAUGGUAUCGUUUUAUGGGCAGUGGUGGAAUCCGCAUGUCAGAGUUUUGUCCCAGUACGGGUUCUUGUUACACCAGAUACCCCAUGUGGUUGGACGGAGCGCAUCCACAACCCGCAGAUGGAAUUGUGAAUCGUACAGUUUGUAUUUCUGAUAGUGGUAUUUGCUGCCAGUGGAGAACAGAUGUAACAAUUAAGGCUUGUCCAGGAGGAUUUCAUGUAUAUAAAUUUCGUUCAAGCCCUAUCUACUAUUCUAGAUAUUGCACAGAUCCAGCAACAGUCCCUGAAUAUUGUUCCUGUACUGACGAUGAGGAAUGUAGAGCAGUGGGUGGACGUUAUAGAUGCCAUUGCAAAAAUGAUGACACUAUUACCGCCUUAGCCGACAUCCGUCCGGAGCUUUCAUGUGGGGAUCAGGAAAUAAAAGCUUCCUUCCAGAAAUGUCAACUGGAAAAAUUCAAUCUGGAUGCCAGCAAAAUACAUCUGAAAGACAGUUCCUGCAGAGGAUUUAAUGAUUUCAAUGUGACAAAUAUCAUAACAGUAGCCUCUCUCUUAAAAAAGGGAGUGUGUGGAAAUGAGUUGGUGAGUAACGGCUCAUCUGUUAUCUAUAAAAACACCAUUUACCUAUCGCUAAACACAAAUUCAUCACUUGGUGGAGAAGAUGUUCUCAGUAUUGGUAUUUCAUGUGUAUAUCCACUGGACAUGCAGCUGUCCCUUGAAACAGCACUCUAUCCAUUUGCAGGCUCAGCCUCCGUGGAAAUGGAAGGUGCCGGAACGCUAAAAGUAACCAUGGCUCUUUAUAAAGACUCAUCCUACAAGUUACCCUAUGAGGGCACUGAGGUUAUACUGACAUCCACAACCAAUGUGUUUAUUGGAGUCAGUCUGAAAACCGGAGAUGUUUCUCAGUAUGCUGUACAUAUAACAGAUUGUUAUGCUGCGGCUUCCAACACCUCAACAAAAUACGACAUAAUUAAGAAUAGUUGUCCCAGCAAGCAAGAUUCCACCAUUAAUGUGAUACAAAACGGAGGGUCUGUGAAUGGACAAUUUUCUGUACAGCUCUUUGGAUAUGUAAAGGAUGCAAAUGUUGUCUAUCUGUACUGCAGCAUCCAUAUUUGUACUAGCGUCUGCACACCGACCUGCACUGGAGUAAGGGCUAUGACCUCUACUGACAGUGUGAAAAGUGAUACCACUUUGAUUUUGGGCCCUAUAAAAAGACAAGCUGAUUUCUCUGCUAGCACACCCAGCAUCGGAGGAGGAGCAUACUCCAAGGUGGCAAGCUUGGCAACAACUCUUUCAGUCCUUGCAGGAACCUUCCUGUUUAUCCUUUAGCUCUGUUAUUGAUUGUUGAACAGGAAAGAAUUGCUAUGAUAAAUUGAUUUACUAUUAGUUUCCUUACCUGUAUGUGUGUUUAAUGAACUUAAGUCAAAUAUUCUGUAAUAAUUAUCUCUCAAGAUACAGUAAAUUACCACUAUGUAUAAAUACUAUGUGUAGAUUACCA